AUGCCGAGGAGCCGGGGCGGCCGCGCCGCGACGGGGCCGCCGCCGCCGCCCGGCCGGGCUUCGCGCUGGAGCGGCUGGCGGGCGCCCGGGAGGCCGCUGCUGCUGCUGCUGCCCGCGCUCUGCUGCCUCCCGGGCGCCGCGCGGGCGGCGGCGGCGGCGGCGGGGGCCGGGGACCGAGCGGCGGCGGCGGCGCGGGCGGCCGAGGCGGCGGCGCCCUUCGCCGGGCAGAGCUGGCUGAAGUCCUAUGGCUAUCUGCUUCCCUAUGACUCCCGGGCACCGGCGUUGCACUCAGGGAAGGCCUUACAGUCCGCUGUCUCCACUAUGCAGCAGUUUUACGGGAUCCCAGUCACCGGGGUGUUGGAUCAGACAACAAUCGAAUGGAUGAAGAAACCCCGAUGUGGUGUCCCUGAUCACCCCCACUUGAGCCGUAGGCGGAGAAACAAGCGCUAUGCCCUCACGGGACAGAAGUGGAGGCAGAAACACAUCACCUACAGCAUUCACAACUACACCCCAAAGGUGGGUGAGCUGGACACACGGAAAGCUAUUCGCCAGGCAUUUGAUGUGUGGCAGAAGGUGACCCCACUGACCUUCGAAGAGGUGCCAUACCAUGAGAUCAAAAGUGACCGGAAGGAGGCAGACAUCAUGAUCUUCUUUGCUUCUGGCUUCCAUGGAGACAGUUCCCCAUUUGAUGGGGAAGGAGGAUUCCUGGCUCAUGCCUACUUCCCUGGCCCCGGAAUUGGAGGAGACACUCACUUUGAUUCAGAUGAGCCAUGGACCUUAGGAAACGCCAACCAUGAUGGGAAUGACCUCUUCCUAGUGGCUGUGCACGAGCUGGGCCAUGCACUGGGACUGGAGCACUCCAACGACCCCAGCGCCAUCAUGGCGCCCUUCUACCAGUACAUGGAGACCCACAACUUCAAGCUGCCUCAGGAUGAUCUCCAGGGCAUCCAGAAGAUUUACGGACCCCCAGCCGAGCCCCUGGAGCCCACAAGGCCCCUCCCCACGCUCCCUGUCCGCAGGAUCCAUUCGCCGUCUGAGAGGAAGCACGAGCGCCAGCCCAGGCCUCCCAGGCCACCCCUCGGGGACAGACCGUCCACACCCGGUGCCAAGCCCAACAUCUGUGAUGGCAACUUCAACACAGUGGCUCUCUUCCGGGGCGAGAUGUUUGUGUUCAAGGACCGCUGGUUCUGGCGCCUGCGCAAUAACCGGGUGCAGGAGGGUUACCCCAUGCAGAUCGAGCAGUUCUGGAAGGGCCUGCCUGCCCGCAUAGAUGCAGCCUAUGAGAGGGCUGAUGGGAGAUUUGUCUUCUUCAAAGGUGACAAGUACUGGGUGUUUAAGGAGGUGACGGUGGAGCCUGGGUACCCCCACAGCCUGGGGGAGCUGGGCAGCUGUCUGCCCCGAGAAGGCAUUGACACGGCUCUGCGCUGGGAACCCGUGGGCAAGACCUAUUUCUUCAAAGGCGAGCAGUACUGGCGCUACAGCGAGGAGCGGCGGGCCACGGACCCCGGCUACCCCAAGCCCAUCACCGUGUGGAAGGGCAUCCCACAGGCUCCCCAAGGGGCCUUCAUCAGCAAGGAAGGCUAUUACACCUAUUUCUACAAGGGCCGGGACUACUGGAAGUUCGACAACCAGAAGCUGAGCGUGGAGCCCGGCUACCCACGCAACAUCUUGCGUGACUGGAUGGGCUGCAACCAGAAAGAGGUGGAGCGGCGCAAGGAGCGGCGGCUGCCCCAGGACGACGUGGACAUCAUGGUGACCAUCAACGACGUGCCAGGCUCCGUGAACGCGGUGGCCGUGGUGAUCCCCUGCAUCCUGUCCCUCUGCAUCCUGGUGCUGGUCUACACCAUCUUCCAGUUCAAGAACAAGGCAGGCCCUCAGCCUGUCACCUACUAUAAGCGGCCAGUCCAGGAGUGGGUGUGA